AUGGGGUGUUGUGUGCGGAUUCUGUAUUUGAAGGGGAUUGAUGUGUGGGUUACGUAUGAUGUUCUGUCGUCAAUAGCCCUGAUCACCAUUAGCAUCACGGAAGCACAGGAGCCCACUUACCGUUAUGAUUAUUGCCCAAACACAACCACUUUCGUUAGAAACAGCAAAUAUGAAGCCAAUUUAAAUCUCCUUCUCUCUUCACUGGUCUCCAAUGCAAACCGCAAUAACAUUGGAUUUUACAACAACUCUGCAGGACAGGACCCUUAUGAUGUCUAUGGCCUCUUUCUUUGCCGGGGGAUCUCAGUGUCGAAGUUUGUCUAA